AUGGUUGUGUAAUUUUGAAAAACAAAUCCUUCAUCUGUAGAGCUAGAGCUAGUAUGCCUCCUAAGAAGAGAUUGAGGUCUUUACAGGAGCCCCAGAGCGAAGAGUCUGAGCAGGAUAGCAGUGGAUCUGAUCAGAGUGAUGCUGAGCAGGAAAUUCACGUUGACUUUGAGGCAUUCAGCAUCAGUGAAGACGAUUUCCACGGCAUUCGUUGUCUACUGAAGCAGUCAUUCGCUGGCUCUAGUGUCGAUGUGUCAGCACUCACUGACCUCAUUAUCAAACAAGCCGAUCACAUCGGAAGUUCAAUCAAGGUGUGUGAUGAUGAUAAUGCUGACUCAGCAGGGGGCAGCCCCUCGGCUAGUGGCGGUGAUGAUGAGUGUGUGUUUGGAGUGACCACUCUGGUCCAUCUCAACUACCACAAGGCCAGUGACUGUGUGAAGCAGAUCAAAGAGCUUCUCUUGACUCAGUGCAAGUCUCAUGCUGACUCCAUGCUUCUUAGACUGUCACAGAUUUUGACGGAAUCAGUUGGACUUGUUAUUAAUGAGAGACUUUUAAACAUCCCAGCAGAGAUUGCUUCUCCUAUGCUCAACAGUUUGUUAAUUGAACUGAAAGAAUCAUCACAAAAACAUCCUCAACAAUUUGCAUGCAAAUAUUGCAUCGUUAUUACUCGCAGUAAUAUACAACCUACUGUGACUCCUAGAAAAAGACACUUCAAGAAAAGAAAAGAUAAAAAGCAAGCCUCCGUUGAAAGUGGCAACAGUACACCCACUUUUGACUAUGUCGAGUGUGAGGUUUUGCAAGAGGAGUGCCUUUUAUCGUUCAGCUACCCUGUUAGAGAGGACAGUGAAGCUACUGGUGUGAAGCAGAAGCAUGGAAGCAGCUCUAUAGAACACUGCAGAACUGUAUUGGUAUUUGAAGCUAGCAAGUUUAGAAAGGCUGUGUCCAACUUAGAAGAAGAGUGUACGAAACAGUAAAAUUGCUUUUUGUUUGCGCAUG